CUCUCGAAGUAACACUCGUAUUUCAUUGCAUCGCACAGCAAUACAGCACAAGGGCAGCAUCACAGCGGGUGCUGUAUAUAAGGGCCGCGCAUUUCUAGGCCUGGCACAGUGCCUCCUAAGCCUCGUGGCUCCUCGGAACACACAUCCACUUUCAGCACUUUCAGAUUUCCUGAAACGAAGGUCCCGUCGGCAGCCAUGACGACCACCGUCACAACCGGAGUGUUGGCAGGGACCGCUGGCGGCGCAGGACUCGCCGGUCUGGCCGUCGCAGGAGCUGUAGGUUUGGGUGUCCUGGGCUUGGCCGCCCUCGCCUCCAGGGGCGGAGGACGCAGGAAUCGCGGAGGCAGGAGGAAGGGGCACCGCCGAGGGCGUCGCUCUUCCGUGGAGGACGCCGACGACUGGAGGAUGCAGAACGCCCUCGAGUUGGUGCGAGCGGAGGACGUGACAGGAUGCGGCAUGAGGCUGGUGUGCGAACUGGCCAGCCAGGAGGAGGAGGACCUGGUGCAGGAGGAGCUGGCCAUCCUGGCACUGCUCGGUGAGGCAGCGUAUCUCUAA